AUGACCACGGUUAAACCUACUGAAGGCUUCUUUGACUUCUCCUACGCAGGCGCGACUUAUCAGACGUACUACAAACUAUUCGGUGAUCUUGGAUCGAGCGGCAAGGCUACGCCUCUAAUCAUACUGAACGGAGGGCCCGGCUCUCCUCAUCUGUACUGCCUCCCCCACAGGCUUUUGCAUCAUCGCGGGCUCCCCGUCCUAUUCUAUGAUCAGCUCGGGUCCGGAAAAUCAAGCCACUUGAAGGAUAAACCGUCGGAUUUCUGGACCGUCGAGCUUUAUCUCGCAGAGCUGGAGAAUGUCAUCAAGCACUUUGGUCUGGAGGAAAACUUUUCGCUUCUAGGACAUAGCUGGGGAGGUAUGCUGGCCAUGGAGUACGCGGUUGAACGUCAGCCACCGGGUCUGCGUCGCCUGGUGUUGGCAGAUACGCUCGCGUCCAUGCCAACCUACAUCGAGGGCAUCAAUGAGCUGCUGCGUGAACUUCCACAGGAGCUACUAGAUGCUAUUUCGAAGAAUGAGGCCGCCGGUACAUUCGACGAUCCAGAGUACCAAAAGGCAUGCAAUGUCUUCUACAAGAAACAUAUGUGCAAGCAGGAUCCCUGGCCGCAGGAACUUCAGGAAGGCUUUGCCGCCAUGGAGGAGGAUAAGACCGUCUAUUUGGCCAUGCAGGGACCAUCCGAAUUCACGAUCACAGGCUCGCUGAAGGAAUGGUCAAUCACGGAGCGUCUACAAGCGAUUACAGUUCCUACCCUCAUUCUGAGUGGCGAUGUUGACACAGCACAGCCUGUCACCGUUGAGCCCAUCUUCAAGAACAUAGCUCGUUCCAAGUGGGUACAACUGGCGAAUGCGGGCCAUUGCUCCUUCUACGAUCAGCAGGAGUCAUACAUGCGUAUCGUAGGAGACUUCCUAGUUUAA